UAAUUGACCUAACACUGUAAAUUUAAGGUUUGCAAUGUGAUGAUUUGUUAUGCCGUGAAAUAACCAAAAUAAAGUAUGUUAACAUCUCAGGCACCUCACAUAAUUAUUGCGUGUGUGCUGAGAACUUUCAAGAGCUACUCUUAGCAGGUUUCAGGUAUAUAAUACAGUGUUGUUGACUGUAGUCACAUAUACUGCUGUAUACUAGUUCUCCAGAACUUUCUCUUAUUAUUGGAAAUUUGUGCCGGCUCAUUUCCUCCAACCCCCAGUCUCCAGUAACCACAAUGCUACUCUCUGUUAUGAGUAUAUCGACUUUCCAGUUAAUUUUCUUUCCAAGUGUAUUUGGCCUUUUAGGUUGUAUACCUCCCACCCCCUUCACCUGUAUCAGGGUUACUCUCCUUAUCUUUAACAAUAUCUUUAUUGCUUUGCUUGAUAUUAAACACAAAUAAUUUUUAGAUCAUGCAUGGAAUUUGAACAGCACCAUUUCUAAACCCUCUAGCCUCAAUGUAUUUUCCUGAUCUCAAUCCAGUAAGAACACAGUUACCUUUUGCCUCUAGGUAGUACUUGGGCAGUAAUUUAAAACACACCAUCACAGGGUUAAAGUACUUGGAGUUACUUUAUCUUGCUUAAAGCAAACGUAGUAAAAUUUUAUUUUUAUGAAAGCAGUCUUCAAUUCUCUUAUCUGUUGUGGACUCCAGUGGCACCUAGAUUUGUAUAUUACAUUAUAAUACCAGAGGGUUAGUAACGUCAUCAACUUGAACUCAAGGGAUGAAGGAACUGUGUGCAUAAUCUAAGGUUCUUAUUACUGAUCCUUCGCAUUUAAUUAGGUCUUUGUAAGUCUAAGGUACCCGUAGUCAUUUUUAUGAGUUUUCUCAUAACUUCCCUGUGAGAUGUCAACUUUAUUACCCUCACUUUAUCUUAGUAUUAUCAAGAGGUCAGGCGGAUUUAAAUUUCAUUUUUUCCUGUUUGUAAUUAAGAUUCCUUUUUUUGGAUCAUGUACUUAACUUUAACCCAUAUCUGAUAGAAUGACUGCUCAGGUCAGAUGUGACCCUUCCCCCCUCCACCCAGAGGAAAGCAAUUACUAAGCCGGGUUUUGAAAGAGCCUUAAAGUAAUUGUGAUUAUAAACAUUGGCCUGAGUGCCCAGCCCCAGGAGGAAUCAGAUGGUAACUAAUUAAUAAAACAGAAGCCAUGAAGAAUGUAAAAGUCAGGCAGCUAGUUGAAGAAAAAUUGUAUACGCUUCUUCUCCCUUCUGGCUUAGUGUUCUUGGAAGUUUGUUGCAGUUUUCCGGGAGAUGUGUUUACUGCAGUGUUUUUUGUUUUUUUGUGUUUUUUUUCUGUGCUUUUUGAUGUAGGGAGCCAGGAAGCAAGAAGGCAGCUCGGGUGGGGAUGUUAAUGGCUGGUGAUCUGUGAAGGUUUUACCCACCUGGUGGAUAGGCUUCUUUUCCUCGCUGUCUUGCCCCAUCAUUACUUUUCCCCUGUUCAUUGCCACCUUUCUCGUCUGACCCCUUGAUCAGGUCCAGUGAGCUCCUGACUGCCACCUAUGGACUCCCGCAAAUCCCCGAAGGAAACGGUCCUUAUUACAGGAGGAGGUGGCUAUUUCGGUUUCCGCCUAGGCUGUGCUCUGAACCAGAAAGGAUUCCACGUGAUUCUCUUUGACAUCAAAAGCCCUGCUCAUCCCUUGCCAGAGGGAGUCAAGUUUAUACACGGAGACGUUCGCCACCUCUGUGAUGUGGAGAAAGCCUUCCAGGAUGUGGACGUUGCAUGUGUGUUCCAUAUCGCCUCUUACGGCAUGUCGGGGCGGGAGCAGCUGAAUCGAAGCCUGAUUGAAGAAGUCAACGUCGGGGGCACAGACCACAUCCUCCAGGUUUGCAGGAGGAGAGGGGUGCCAAGGUUAGUUUACACUAGCACUUUCAAUGUCAUCUUUGGAGGUCAAGUUAUCAGAAAUGGAGAUGAAUCUCUGCCUUACCUACCUCUUCACCUCCAUCCUGAUCACUACUCUCGGACCAAAUCUAUUGCAGAAAAGAAAGUGCUGGAGGCCAAUGGUGCUACCCUGGUAAGAGGUGAUGGUGUCUUGAGAACCUGUGCUCUGAGGCCGGCUGGCAUCUACGGGCCUGGAGAACAAAGGCACCUUCCCAGGAUAGUGAGCUACAUUGAGAGGGGUCUCUUCAAGUUUGUGUAUGGGGAUCCUGGGAGCCUGGUUGAAUUUGUCCACGUGGAUAACUUGGUCCAGGCUCACAUUCUGGCCUCAGAGGCCCUGACAGCUGCCAAGGGCCACGUGGCCUCUGGGCAGCCCUACUUCAUUUCGGACGGCAGACCCGUGAACAACUUUGAGUUCCUCCGGCCUCUGGUUGAGGGCCUGGGCUACAGGUUCCCAUCCAUCCGCCUGCCCUUGACCCUCAUCUACUGUUUUGCUUUCCUGACAGAAAUGGCUCACUUCCUUUUUGGUCGGGUCUACAACUUCCAGCCCUUCCUCACCCGCACAGAAGUUUACAAAACUGGCGUCACACAUUACUUUAGUCUAGAGAAGGCCAAGAAGGAGCUGGGUUAUGAGGCUCAGCCAUUUGACCUCCAGGAAGUAGUCGACUGGUUUAAGGCACAUGGCCACGGCAGAAGUCCUGGGGGUCAUGCCUCCGGGUGUCUUGUUUGGGAUGGGCUGACGGUCUUCCUCUUGGUCAUAGUGGUUCUCAUAUGGCUGCCUUCUCCUGUGGCUCGAUCACUCUGAAGGAGCUAGAAACACAUCGGAUCACACUUGGUGAGAUGGUUUUCAAGAAACACAGUAUUAAACAAUGUGUCUUUCUCUAUCUAAAUAAAUCUACAUCAAUAUCUAGAUAGUUAGAUACAAAUGGAUACCUGGUAGCAAAUCUUGGCUCCUCAAAUUGCUACUUAAUAGAUUCUUGGAAGGGCACUUGGGUGACUUAGUCGACUCUUGAUCUCGGCUCAGGUCAUGAUCUCACGGUUUGUGAGCUCGAGUGGCAGGGAGACUGCUUGGGAUUCUCUUUCUCCCUCUCUCUCCCCACACCCCACCUCAAAAUGAAUCAAUAACUUUAAAAAAAAAGAAAAGAAAUAAAAGAACAGAUUCUUGGAUGAAGUCUUCAUUUCUUACCUUCUUGGACCAAACAAACCAUCAUAGGGGAAAAAAAAGAAGCAAAGAUCAGUUUGAGAUGCGGUUUCGUGUGUCUUCCUCCUUUUGAUGGGUACAAUAGAAGUCAUUUUGGAGCCACAGAGCGAGAUGAGGAAAAUUGGAAAUGUCUUGAGUUUCUCAGAAGUCAAAAAUGUAGUUACUUCUGUCCUCUACUAUCUCUGUCCAGUUACAGUAGACUAAAAUGUGCACUGAUACCGGAGUGGCAAAACACUAACAGGCUUGAAAAUGUGUGAAAACCACCAAAUUGGGUCAGAUCCCUACAGACCAACCCUCUGAGGAGGUGGAAGCUUUUGAGAGACGUUAUAUGAGCCAUUCAUUCCUGUAGUUUUUAGGAAUUACUCUUUGCCCUUUACGAUAUAAGGGCGUUACACCUGUGUGAUCACAUGGUAAGGUGUGAUUUUUAAACAAAUAGAACUGUGUCUUCCCUCAUAGGAUUCUUUUGAGGAUUAAAUUAGACAAGACGUAUCAAGUGCCACUCAACACACACAAGUCAUUAUUUUAAUUAAUAUCGUUGCCAUACAUUCCUGAUACAAACCCUUGUGAGGGUUUUCUUCCUCAGGGGAGUUCUGUUCAGAGGUGUUAGUGUUCUGUUAGUGCUGUCGCUCUAACGUUUCUGGAAUGUCUUUGGGGUAAGCCCCUCAGAGUCUGUAACCAGCACGUUUGCAUAUGCUCAGUGUUUGUAAAGUUUUGGUCUCUGAGCCUAGAGUAACAUUUAGGAAACGGCUAAAAAUCCGACUAAGGAAGAUGGUCAAGGGAAUGAUGCUAUUUGUAAUUCAAAAAUGAAACAUAACUCUGAACUAAUAGACUGCUUUUCUUCCGGGAAGAGGUUUUGUUCCCUGAAGGCAGCUUCCAAUGAGGAAUGUUUUGAAGGGUGUCAUUACCGUCCAGCCACUCCUGAGGACUGCUGUGUAAGACAUUCAGUUUGUACAGUUGCAUAGGAACCAACGUGGAAAGAAGACAGAGGAUCUUCACCCCUUCCACAAUUCCAGUUUCAGAAAAGCCAGUAUUAAAGCAUAAGGCAGAUAGAUUGCUGCGGAAGGUGAUGUUCGAGCUGUUUUGAGAUUAUUUGUAGAAAGAAGGUGCCAGGUGAAUAGUCCCUGGUUAAUGCUGCCUGGAUCUUUUGGAGAAAAGCACUCAACCUGAUACCAGGAGACCUGCAACCAUGAAUGGUUUGUGUGGCCUUAACCAAGCGAUUGAAGCCUGUUUCCUCAUUUGGGAAUGACCCGUAUCUGCCUUUUCUACAAACCCACCCACCCACCCUCCUCACACGGGUGGUUGUGAGCUUAAAAUAAGAUGUCGUGAAAGUACUUUCAAAGAUAAACUAAAACAUAAAUAUGAGGUGGUGGUGAGCAUUUUUGGUAAAAGGUUUUCGGAGUCUUUUUCUAUCUUAAGAAGCUUUUGCUUUAGCCUGGAGUUCGCUUGUAUGAGCACCUAGGCAAGUCCAGCAGUCCAGGUGCUGCACGGCGGGCGCCCGUGUUCACGUACAGCCCACUAAUGGCAUGACGUGUCUGCACGAGAAGGCCACUGAAAGAGUGGAUAAGUUCAGCAAGACAUCUAUGCAGUGUCCUUGAGAGGCAUCGCAGACUUGCAGAACAUGUUUUCAACAAGGUCCUGGAGAACAAUGAUAGAUACUUCUUAGUUUUCUCGCACCAAGUGGACUGAGUGUAGGGGGGUUUUCCUGUUUUCCACACGAAACUAAGGAUGGCUAUUCGGGCCUUGUUGUCAUCCAGGGAAGAGACAUUCGGCUGUCCCUCACCACUUACACCCAUGUCCACUGUCCCCUUGAGACAAGAGUUCAUCUACCGUUCAUGAGCUCACUCUUGGUCUUUCUUCUUGUAUUAAUGAUCUGUUGCAUUACCCUAAGACAUGCUACGAAUUACACUAAGGUGGAUCAUGUUAACACAGUACCCCCAAGACAUAUCUUAAAACGACAAACAUCACCUCCUGGCUUUUACGGGUCAGGUAUUUUGGUGCGGCUUAACUGCGUCGGUUUGCUUGGAGUCCCUCAUGAGGGUCAUCCCGUGGUAUCUGGCACGACAGUCCUCUGGAAGCCUGACGGAAGCUGGAGGGUCCACCCAGGAUGGCUCACCCACACGACCAUUGGCAGGAGGCUCAAUGCCUCACCAUACGGGCACCUCCGUAGGCUUGCUUGAAUGUCUUCACAACAUGGUAGCUGGUUUUCCCCAGAGCAGGUGAUCCAGGAGAGCAGGGUGGAAGCUGCAAUGGCUUUUACGGCUUAUCCUCAAACACCACACCCUGGCACUCCCACAGUAUACUGGUUACACAGGUCAGUCUAAUUCAGUGUGGGGAGGAAGGAAGUACCCAAAGGUGUGGAUACCAGAAGGUGGGGAAUGUUGGGGGCCAUCUUGGAGGCUGGGCUCUUGGUUCCAUCCUCUGAGUCAUUUUUCCUUUCAGUGAAAGGUAGCCCGUGUAGAUAGACCGUUAACAUGUUCUUAGCCCGUUACCACCCAGUAGAAUUUGGGGGAUAUAAAGCCCUCUUUACAUUUUGUAGUGUAUCUCUUUUAGUCCAAGCUGAUAAUGUUAAUGCAAAUAUAAUUAUUUUUGAACUC